ACUCGAACAAUUGAUACAAGGAUAUGGUGAAAAUAUGGGUGAUUUGCCAAGUAGCCAUUACGACGUGGUUAUGUUCUCCUACCUACUUUGUUCUGUAAAAGACUCCAGCAAGGUUCUCAAGGAAGCCAAGAGGGUACUGGUGAAUGGUGGUAGCCUCAUCUUCCUGGAGCACGUGGGUUUUCCGGUCGGCACGUGGCAGAGGUUCGUUCAGAACGCGGUAACCCCACUUUGGAAGAUAACAUGCUGCAACUGCCACCUCAACAGAGAUUCUGUAAGGCAAAUCGAAAAUGCUGGCUUCUCGCACGUCACGGCCCACUACACUGACGCAGACACAAGCGUUUUAUUAAGGCGCCAGGCUUACGGCAUCGCCACCUUAUAGAGA